AUGGAUCACAGUUAUGCUGGUCCAGAAAGUUCAGAUGUGAAAAAUUCGGUAGACGGUCCACCAGAUACAGAUCAUAAUUAUUUUGGUGCAAAAGUUAAAUUAGAAAAAGACGCAGAUGAGAUGUCGGAAGACAGUGAAAUUUUCAGCGAUAACCUGACAGCCAAACAGAAAGUUGUGGAUCAGAAUCAAAACUCUGCUGUCCAAAGCGACCAAGAAAUGGAAACUGAUGAAACCAAGACACUUGAGUCAAGUGACGUCAAAGAUGGUGAUGAAGCUAAAGAUGAUUCUGGGGAUGAAACAGGGUUAAUUAUGGAUGUUGAUGAUAAUAGUUGUGAUAAAACUAAUAGUGGUGCUGUAGCUGAGGAUGAAGGGGGUGGAAAAUCAUCUCAGGCAGAAAGCUCUCAGAUUGACAGCUCACAAGCUGAAAGUUCUCAGAUUGACAGUUCCCAGAAUACCAACAAUAAUAACUCUAGUGUCCAUGGUGAUGAAGAAGAUGGUCUAGAAUCUCUUAUGAGUAACAUUUCUGAAUACACAAAAGAUCUUGAUAUGAACUUGUUACUCCGCCCCUUUAAAGAAGGUUGGAAAAGAGAAGUUGUGCAAAGAAAUGUAUUUGAGAAAUAUUCAGCUAGUGGUAGAAAGAAGAGUAAACCAGUUGAUAUUUAUUAUUUUACACCAGAGGGAAGAAAAUUGAGGUCAAUGAUACAGAUAAAUGAUUAUUUAAAUAAAUCUUCAUCAGUCAAGUUGCCAGCUACAUGUUUCUGUUUCAUGAGAAAACCUAUUUAUAGAGAACCAUUCGAGAUAGUGAGAUCAGCUGGAAAGUCACGAAGAAGUUAUGACAGUCCAGCUAGUGUCAGUCCAAUAAAGAGAGGACGUCCUGGCAAAGGAAAUAAAAUGAGUCCAAAACCAACACUUAAACCUAAUAAGACUAAAUCAUCUAUACCAGAACCAGAAGUGGUUAUUGAAAGAGAUGAGGAUGAGUUUAGUAUGACGCCAUAUUUGAAUAUGGCUAUUGAAGCAGCAGCUAGUAGAAAGCGUUCUCUCGAUGACGUUACUACCCCAGCUCCACCUGUUAAAAAGAAGGCGACAGCUAGAAAGAGUACCACUCCACGACCACCAAGUCUUCAACCAAAAACAGCUGUUACAUUACCUGCCCAUCUAGAAAGAUCUGAAGGUCAACUAUGUACUAUUAACUGUCCUGGACUAGAGGGUCAGCCCCCAGAGUUGACCUGUAGUCAAUGUAUGUGUUUAUUUCAUCCUAAAUGUGUCAAUGCUGAAAGUGAUGUGACAUCAGCUAAUUUUAAAUGUCAUAGAUGCAGAUUGCUUCCCAAUGGUACCUGCAACAGUAUACCAGUUGCUUCCAAUAAAACAACAUCAUAUACCAUGGUAUUUCCGAAACCGCCCACUCCUAAACUUAGUCAAACUAUGAAUUCCACAUUACGCACCUAUUUAGAUAGUAAAUCACCCCAAAUGACUCAAAGUACCGGUAAUUCUAUUUUACCGUUAGAAAUUCCCCCCCUUCCACCAUUAAAAAUGGCCACUUCUUCCAUGAUACCUAGAAGUACAUUACCAUUGUUAAAACCUUCUCCUGGCAUAUCUUUGGUGCCUCCUAAGUUAAUAGCAGCUCCAGGAACUAUUCCUAUGAGAACAAUAGCGCCGCACGGUGUUAUUUCUCCUCCAAAGCCUCAACUAGGCCUCACCCCACAAACUCCAGUCAUUGUGCAGAAACCAUCAAAGGAGACGCCAGUGAAUGCUCAGUUAUUAACGUUACCCACAGCAGUGACCAAACGCUUGAAUCUCAACCAACCUUUAGCUUUAAAGAUCAACAAUGUACAUAUAGUAGUGCCUCCCAACUGUGUGAUAAAUUCAAAGGAAGGACUUAAAGUUGUGUUGCCCCCAAAUACAUUUGGUCUACCUACAGACCCUCAAACGAAAUUGAACGUGACUGUUUCGAACAAUAGUGGAGGUGUGGAAGGGUUUAAGCCAGUUUCAGACACUUCUUCAAGUGAUAGUGCAAGUGUUAGCGUUAAUGGUAGUGCAAAUAGUGUGAAUGGUAGUGCAAAUAGUGUUAAUACUGUGACAAGUGUUUCUGGUGAUAAUAAAAAUAGUGUUAAUGAUAUAUCUAGUGAAGUCAGUGUUAAUAAAAUGAAACUAAGUAAUAAAAGGAAGUGUGUGGAAGGGAUUAAUCCUGCUAGUUGUUAUAUUAAGAGUUUAUAUGGUGGUUAUGAUUGUAUGUUAUUAAUAUUUAGAUAUCUUUCUACUCGCGAUUUAUUACGUGUUGGUCAAGUUUGUAAAACCUGGCACAAUAUAUCACAGCAUUUAUCUUUGUGGCGAGUUAUACGACUAAAAGAUAUCAAGAUCCCAGACUGGAAAAUAGCUUGUAAAUUUAUACGUAAAGUUGGUGUACAAAGACUGAGUUUAAAAGGUUUACAUCAUUAUGAUGACAGAAACAGAACCUGGCAUCAAUUGAUGGCUAAUUUAUAUAAUCUUGUUGCUCUACAAGAAAUAACUUUUGGUCUGGUGCCAGCCACAGUUUUACAUUCUGUUUGUGAGAAGUUACAGAGUUUACAAGUUUUCUCAGCUGAAUUCAUCUCUGAUAGUAAUACAGAACAAAUGUGGAACACGCCAACAAAGAUAGAUAUUGGUAAGCUGAGUAAAUUAGAAUAUUUACAGGAAUUACGAUUACGUGGUUUAGGUGGACUUGUUUUACCAAAUACUUCCAUUAGUGGUUCUUUAUCAAAUUUAACACAGUUAAAACAACUUAAAAUAUUGUCUCUAACCUCUUUAAGGUCAUUUGAAGAUAGCGAUUUUACCUUUCUUAGUGAGUUAAAGAACCUUACUACAUUAGAAAUAGGUGAUUGUUCACCAUGGAAAAAGGCAUAUGAAUCAUUAGGUCAAUUGGUCAGUUUAAAAAGAUUAAGAUUAGAAUGUGGUGGAGAUUUUGAUAAUACAACAUUAGCUGAUUCAUUAUCUAAAUUACAGAGUUUAGAAGAACUAGAACUAGUCAUGUUUAUAGUACCUAAUAACCUUGCUGAAAGAAUGCAUCAUCUUCAAAAAUUAUACCGAUUUGUUAUCUGGCCUUAUAUUGAGGGAAGAGAUGAAGACUCUAGUUUAGCACAACUUAAUACCAACACUUUAAACAGUAUAUCUAAAUUAUGUAAACUGUUGUAUUUAGAAUGGGGUAUAGUCCUUACUAAUGAUUCAAGUUCACCAUCCAAAAUAGUGGACAGUUUAAAAUUUCAACCAGGACGAUUCGACAGCAAUAGCGUCUCCAUUCAGGAAUUGACUGAAACACUUUGUUCUAUUAUGCCUGAUACUGAAAAGAUUCGCGUCUUUAGAACCCAGCCUCUGAAUCAUACAAAAUGUAAGAAUAAAGAUUCCUGA